CGGGGAGCGGAGUCUGAGGAAGAGGCAGACAUGCUGUUGCCAUGGAGACAACAGGACCUCCAGCGUGUCUUACGGAAUGUUUUCAAGUUAUGGGCGUGGAUGGUGCUCUGUUCUGAUGUCCUUGUCCAGCACGGGGCCGAGGGCUGGACUUACCAUUAUUCUGAGAAGCCCAUGGACUGGGCUGAGGCUCGGAAGUUCUGCCAAGAGUACUACACGGACCUCGUGGCCAUCCAGAACAAGGAGGAGAUCGAGUACUUGAACGAGCGCCUGCCCCGACACAGUAACUACUACUGGAUCGGAAUCCGGAAGGUGGGGAAUGUCUGGAUGUGGGUGGGCACCAACAAGUCCCUCACACCGGAAGCCGAGAACUGGGGCCAGGGCGAACCCAAUGGCAGGACAUUGAAUGAGGAUUGCGUGGAGAUCUACAUCCAGAGGGAGAGGGACUCAGGCAAAUGGAAUGAUGACGGCUGUCACAAGAACAAGGUGGCCCUCUGCUACACAGGUGGCGUCUUGCCGGCGGGAUUAUGCAGCAGCCGCGGAGAAUGCGUGGAAGCCAUCAACAACUACACGUGCCACUGUGACUCCGGGUUCCACGGCCCCGAGUGUCAGUUUGUGGUGCAGUGCCAGGCCUUGGAGGCGCCGGAGCAAGGGAGUAUGACCUGUGUCCACCCCCUGGGCAGCUUCUACUUCCGCUCACACUGCACCUUCAACUGCUCCGAGGGGACCAGAGUCCUGGGGGCCACGGACACCACCUGCGGCCCCUGGGGGGAGUGGUCAUCGCAGCCGCCAACCUGUCGGGUCACUCAGUGCGAACCCCUAACGGCUCCGGAGCUGGGGUCCAUGGCCUGUAGCCACCCCCUGGCCGCCUUCAGCCCCACCUCGGCCUGCACCUUCACGUGCUCCGAGGGAAGCGAACUGAUCGGGGAGAACAGAACCGUCUGUGGAUCUUCCGGAGACUGGACGCACCCCAGUCCAAUCUGCCAAAUGACUUGCCAGCCGGGAUCAUGCAGCGGUCAUGGAACAUGUGUGGAAACCCUCAGCAAUGUCACGUGCCACUGUGAUCUGGGGUACCACGGCCCCCGAUGUCAGUUUGUCACUCAGUGCGAACCCCUAACGGCUCCGGAGCUGGGGUCCAUGGCCUGUAGCCACCCCCUGGCCGCCUUCAGCCCCACCUCGGCCUGCACCUUCACGUGCUCCGAGGGAAGCGAACUGAUCGGGGAGAACAGAACCGUCUGUGGAUCUUCCGGAGACUGGACGCACCCCAGUCCAAUCUGCCAAAAACUGGACAGAAGCUUCUCGCAGAUUAAGAACGGCGACUACAAGCCCCUCUUCAUCCCGCUGGGCGUGCUGGUCACUGCAUUUGUUGGCCUGGUGUUUAUCGUCUGGCUGGCAAAACGGCUCCGAAAAGGCCAAAAGUCUCGGCGAAGCGUGGACGUCCCGUACUAAGGCCAUGUCUGCGGGAGCAAGUCCAGCUCCGUCGCCUGAGCUGCUUCUCCAGGAAGACAAAGGAGUCCCGGUACCUCGAGGGUGGAGUUUCCGCAGGACCCCAG